CUGUGGAGCCAGCAGUCAGUUGUUACGGCAGCGGCAGUCCGUUUCGUUUGGUCGUUAGAUUUUAGUUUCGUUUUCGUUAUUUCGCAUUUGUUUAUAUCAAAAUCGAGCCGAUUAAAAAGUUGCCGCCCCCCAUCCCCAACCUUGACUGCGCGUAGUAAAACAAGUUUCCCGAGAACAACAUAGAACACAGCUGCCACAUACAAAAUGGAUGCACUCAGCGACUUAUUGGCACCAUACAGCGAGACUAUUGGCAAAAUAGCCGGCACAAUAACUACACUACAAUUUCUGUCCGGUGUCGCUCUGCUAAAUGAUAUACGCAAAAAAGGCAGCAGCGAUGUUUACCCGGUUGGACCGUUUCUGGGCGGUAUCGUGCUCACAGUUCUCAGCUUGAAACUGGGCCAAUUGAUGGGCGACCAGCCAAUGAUAAAUGUCAAUAUAAUUGGAUUUGCGAUCAAUACAGUUUUCAUGGUCGGUUUCUAUUACUAUGCCUCCAGUGAGAGUAAAUCUAAAAUCUGGAUCAAACUUGGCUACGUCUCCCUGUUCCUGAUGGCCUGCAUAGCCUAUGCGAACUUUGAGGAUCCCAAGCAGAUUGAGUUCCGGCUGGGCAUGUUGAUCACAUCCAUUCUCGUUUGGCUGGUCGGUUCCCCACUGCUGAAUCUGCCCAAUAUUAUUAAGAAGAAAAGCACUGAGGGCAUGCCCUUUCCCAUUAUAUUUGCCGGACAACUGGUUGCCACAGCCUGGACGCUGUAUGCAAUCUCCAUACGCAAUCAUGUCAUGGUGUACCAGAAUUUGUUCCUGUGGAUUUUGGGUAGUAUUCAGCUGGCGAUGUUUGUCCUCUAUCCCAGCACGCCCGCUAAGAAGCCCAAUGCCAAGUCCGCCAAGAAGGAAAAAUAAAGUACCUGGAAUAUCUUCAGUAAGAGAGAACAAUUCAAAAACAAUUGUUCUGAAAUAUACGGUAAAGACAAAAUAUGUGCAAAAGAAAAUAGGUAAAACUCUUUUCAUAUUAUAAAUAAUUCUUUUUCAUGGCGCCUUUUAUAUAGUUAGAUAAAAACAAGAAACUAAAAUCAAAAAUUGUAAUUUAACUAAGGAAUAUUUUUUAGAAAAAACAAA